AUGGAAAAAAUUGGUUUAGCUAGCUGGAAUGUAAAUGGGUGGAAAAAAAGCUGUGAAAUAAUAAAAAGAAACGAUGAUGACUUGCUGCAAUUUUUAAAAAAACUCGAUAUCGAUAUUCUAUGUUUACAAGAAACCAAAACGAACGAAUCAGUUAUUGAGAAUGAUUGUAAUUUAUUAGAGGCUGAUUCAAAUAUGUAUGAAUCUUAUUGGACUUGUUGUAAAAAAAAAAAAGGAGAUAAAACACAUAAGGGAUAUUCAGGUUUAGCAACCUAUGUAAAAAAUGAGAAUAAAAUAAUAUGUUCAACGAAUAAUGUGUUUGAUGAUUUUUCUUUUUUUAACGAUUAUAUAAAAAAGGAAGAUUUAUUAAUAAAGAAGAAAUCUGAAAUUGAUAAAACAUCCAUAUCUUUUUUUUUUUUAUUAAAUGAUAACAAGAAAAUAUAUAAUGAUCAAAAUAUAAAAUGUGAUAAAAAUGAUGAACACAACAAAAUAAAUAAUAAAACAAACAUAAGUGUCAGUGAAUUUUUUAAUGAAGGCAGAAUAUUAAUUACUAUGCACAAACAUUUUAUUAUAGUUAAUAUAUAUGCUCCUUAUUCAGGUCAUAAUUAUGAAAGGUUAUAUUAUAAGAUCAGAUUUUUUCAUGCUGUAAGAGCAAAAAUAUUACAAUUGAGAAUAGUAACAGGUUUACCUAUAAUAUUAUUAGGAGAUUUUAAUAUUUCUUAUCGUAAUAAAGAUAUAUAUUAUCUUAAUAAUAUUAUUAAUUUAGAUAUAUUAUUAAAAAAUAUAAAUAAUAUAGACUUAAAAGAAGAUAUAAAAAUGAAAAUUAUAAAAAAUGUACCUUUAAUUAUUAAUACGUUAAAAGAUGAAAAUAAUUUUAUUAUUAAAAAAUAUAAAAUACAAAAUAAUGAAUUGUAUAACUUAUAUUUAAAAGUUGAUACUCAUAUCAAAUUUAUAGGAAAUAAUUUUUCAUCAGUCGAAGAAAUUUUAUAUUUCUUUUCUUUAGAUCCUGUAUAUGUUCAUGACAAGUAUAAGGAUUAUCCUUAUGAGUAUUAUUUUGUUGUAAAUAAUGUCUCUGAUGAUUUUCAUGAUGUCUUCAACAGACCUACAGAUAGCAAUAUUAAUGUGAGUAAUAAUAAAAAUGAUCACCACAAUAGUAGUAAUAAUAAAUGUUGUAAUUUUAAGGAUCAAAAUGAAAAUAAGGAAAAUACACCUAAGAUGUCAUAUCACAAUACAUACAUAAAAAACAACAUUAACAAGAAUGAGGAUUCUAUUCAAAAAAAAAACAGAGAGAAAGAAGAUGAUGAAUUUCGAACUACACAUAAAAAUAAAUAUAAUUUUGAACAUAACGAACUAUUAAAAAGGUAUGAAAAUUUUUCUAUAAAUAAUGAAAAAAUUUUUGAAUCCAUUACAAAUAAUAAUAAUAAUAAUAAUAAUAGUAAUGAUAAUGAAGAUAUUGAAUUGCAUUUUUUAAAAAAGGAUAAAAAUAUAAAAUAUAAUAAUGAUGACAGGAAUAAAAAUGAAAGAAAUAAAAAAAUAUUAAAUUGUAAAAAAAUAUUAUGUAAAUAUAAAUAUAAAAAUAAUAUAAAUGGACAAUAUAUGGUUAAAAAUUCUAAUUGUAUAUAUUUAAAACAUUUAAAUGAUAUUUUUAUAUCUUUAAAUAUUAUUCUUUCUGAACAAGAUUUAUUAAAUAUAGCUAAUAGUAUAGGUGAACCCAGUUCACCACCAUGUUGUGUUGAUAUAAUAAAAAAUUUAAUAUAUGAAGAUAAUAUGAUAGAUACUUUUUCUUUUUUUCAUCCAAAUGUAAAUGGUAAAUUCACAUGUUGGGAUACAUAUAGACAAUGUAGAGUACAUAACGAAGGUUCAAGAAUUGAUUAUAUUUUUAUGGAUUAUAUUUUAUAUGAACAUUUUAUUAAAAGAAAUUCUUAUCUUUAUGAAUCUCCUGUAAUAUUAAAUGAUGAAUUAUAUGAAAUGUUAAAACAAAAAAUAAAAAAAAAAAAUUCUUUAAAUUAUGAUGAUAUGAAUUCGUUUCAGACCAAUCAAUAUUAUGCUAAUUAUUUUAAUAAAAUAAAAACAAAACAAAAAUAUUUGUUAUCAAAUGAUAAUAUAAAUGAUACAUUAAGAAAAAAAAAAAAAAAACAAGAAAAAGAAAAAGAGGAAGAACAAGAUGAACAUAAAUUGGAAGAUCAAAUUCAAGAUGCUGAAUUUUAUAAAUUUCAAUUUAAAAUAUCAACUUAUAUAGGUUUUAUUUAUACCUCACCAAAAUUAAGUGAUCAUAUAGCAGUCAAGUGUACAUUCAUUAAAAAUUAUAAUGUUAUUAAUUAUAAUAAGAAAAAUAAAAUUAUUAUUAAAUUAUGUUCUUCACGUUUUAAUAUUAUACUCAAUUAUUUAUGUACAUCAAUUAAUCAAUAUAUUAUGUACUUACCUCUAUUUUUAAUAAAUCCUUCUUUAUUUUCUUUAACAACAUAUACGUUAUUAGAUCAUGUUCAUCUAUAUGAUGGUUUGUGUCCAAAUAUAUUGAAUACACAACCUCAUAAAAAAACAAAUAAAAUUACACAGUACUUUACCUUAAAAAAAAAAAAAUAA